GAGCCAGGCGGCUGAUUGACAGGAGUUGGCUGACUGUGGACCCUCCUUCCCAGCGUCUCCUCCUCCCUCUCUCCCCCCACUCUCUCUCUCUCUCUCCCUCUCGCUCUCUGCUCUCCGGUCCUCUCCCCUGCUCUCUAUCCUCUCUUCAAUCGCAGGGCUGCGCUCACCGACUCGACACCGCCAACAGGGAUGCAGCGAGGGCGCAGCGCAGCCUGAAAAUGGCACCACCACGCGUCCUGUGGAUCUAUCCAUCCCUUUCCCUCCUGUCCUCCUUGCUUCUGUUUCACGCAUUGUCGCCGUCCCGAGCCUUACGGAAUUACCCGGAGAAUGAAGUUACAUUGCUGGACUCCAUGUCAGCGUUGGCUGACCUGGGCUGGGAGGCUUACCCUAAUGAGGGGUGGGAGGAGAUCAGUGUGAUGGAUGAGAGGAACACCCCGAUGAGGACCUACCAGGUGUGUAACGUCAUGGAGGCUAACCAGAACAACUGGCUGAGGACGCGCCACAUCAGUCGAGAAGGAGCUCAGCGUGUCUACAUUGAGAUCAAGUUCACCCUGAGGGACUGUAACAGCCUGCCCGGGGUCCCUGGUACCUGCAAAGAGACAUUUAACAUGUACUACUAUGAGUCCAACAAUGCCAACCUGUGGUUCAUCAAGGAAAGCCAGUAUGUCAAGAUCGAUACCAUUGCUGCAGAUGAGAGUUUUACACAGGUGGAUGUUGGCGACCGUGUGAUGAAGCUGAACACAGAGGUGCGCGACAUCAGCAACCUGAGUAAAAAGGGUUUCUACCUAGCCUUCCAGGAUCUAGGUGCCUGUAUUGCUCUGGUCUCGGUCAGGGUCUUCUACAAGAAGUGCCCCCUCACUGUGCUCAACCUGGCCCAGUUUCCCGACACGAUAACCGGCGGGGACACGGCGCUAGUGGAGGUCCACGGCAUUUGUGUCAAUGCCUCUGAGGAGUUUGAGGCUCCCAAGAUGUACUGCAGUGCAGACGGAGGGUGGCUGGUUCCCAUCGGGAGGUGUGUGUGCAAACCGGGCUUCGAGGAGAACAAGGACUUCUGCCAACCGUGCAGACCUGGUACCUACAAAGCUUCAGCCACGGAUGCCUACUGCACCAAGUGUCCUUCUCACAGCUCGUCCCCACAGGAACAAGCUGUCGAGUGUGUUUGCGAGAAGGGUUUCUACCGCGCUGAGACCGACCCACGCUCCAUGGCAUGCACACGUCCUCCAUCUGCUCCAGAGAACCCCAUUUCCACAGUAAACGAGACCUGCGUCACCUUGGAGUGGUCCCCACCCAGAGACACAGGAGGCAGAGGAGACAUCACCUACAGCCUCCACUGCAGGAAGUGCUCCGGUGAUGGCAGGAAGUGCACACCAUGUGGCAGCAGUGUCCAUUUUGUCCCCAGACAGUUCGGCCUCUCAUCAGCCACCGUGCUGGUCACCGACCUGCAGCCAGACUCAAACUACAGCUUCACUAUUGAGAGCCAGAAUGGAGUGUCAGAUUUAAGUCCCACACCCAGAGGAACGGUAGUCAUCAAUGUCACUACAUCACAGACAGUGAGUGUAGUGUUGAAGGAGAGGCGGAGCAAGGACAGCGUGACUUUGGCCUGGCAGGGUCCCGAGAGACCCAACGGAGCGAUAGUGGAGUAUGAGGUCAUCUACUAUGAGAAGAAUCAGCGGGAGCAGAACUACACUGUCUUGAAGACUCGGUCCAACAUGAUGACAGUGGACGGGCUAAAGCCAGGGACCACCUAUGUGUUCAGGGUCAGGGCUCGAACCGACGGGGGUUACGGAAGCUACGGUGGAGAGAUAGAAUUGGAAACAAGCCAUGAAGAUGUUUUUGCGAUUGGGGACCCUAACCAGUCCACCAUUCUGGCUGUGUCCAUCGCUGGGGGAAUCAUUCUUCUCAUUUUCCUGGUGACUUGCUUCGUUGUCAGCGGAAGGCACUGUGGAUACAUCAAAGCCAAGCAGGACCCUGAUGAAGAGAAGAUGCAGUUCCAGCAUGGACGAGUCAAACUUCCAGGCAGCCGGACUUACAUCCAUCCUCACACCUAUGAAGACCCCAACCAGGCUGUCAGGGACUUUGCCAAAGAGAUCGAUGCUUCCAAUAUUCGCAUAGAGAGAGUCAUUGGAGCUGGAGAGUUUGGGGAGGUGUGCAGUGGUCGGCUGCGUGUUCAGGGAAAGAGGGAGAUCUACGUGGCCAUCAAGAGCCUGAAGGCGGGUUACUCGGACAAACAGAGGAGGGACUUCCUGUCUGAGGCCUCCAUCAUGGGACAGUUCGACCAUCCGAAUAUCAUCAGGCUGGAGGGUGUCGUCACUAGAUGUAAGCCAGUGAUGAUCAUAACAGAGUUCAUGGAGAACGGAUCUCUGGACACUUUCCUCAAGAAACAUGAUGGCCAGUUCACAGUGAUCCAGCUGGUUGGCAUGCUGCGAGGCAUCGCCUCAGGUAUGAAGUACCUGUCAGACAUGAGCUACGUUCACAGAGACCUGGCAGCUCGGAACAUCCUGGUCAACAGCAACCUGGUGUGUAAGGUGUCUGAUUUUGGCCUGAGUCGGGUUCUGGAGGAUGACCCAGAGGCUGCCUACACUACAAGGGGAGGGAAGAUACCCAUCAGGUGGACGGCUCCAGAGGCCAUAGCCUACAGGAAGUUCACCUCAGCCAGCGACGUGUGGAGUUAUGGUAUCGUCAUGUGGGAGGUGAUUUCAUAUGGGGAAAGACCUUACUGGGAGAUGUCCAACCAGGAUGUGAUCAAAGCAAUAGAUGAGGGCUACCGUCUUCCCGCUCCAAUGGACUGUCCUGUGGUUUUGCACCAGCUCAUGUUGGACUGCUGGGAGAAGGGUCGCAGCGACAGGCCAAAGUUUGGACAGAUUGUCACAAUCCUGGACAAGCUCAUCAGAAACCCAGCCAGCCUAAGAGAGCUGGCCAACAGCUCAGCAUGCAGGGAGGACCCAUCCACCCCAGAGUUCAGUGUGAACACAGUGGAUGAGUGGUUGCAGGCCAUCAAGAUGGGCCAGUAUAAGGAGAACUUUUCCAGUGCUGGAUAUGUCAGCUUGGAAUCAAUCUUUUACAUCAGUGUCAGUGAAUUGGCUAAGAUGGGUGUGACUCUGGCUGGCCACCAGAAGAAGAUUUUGUCCAGCGUGCAGAGCCUGCAAACCCAAGGGACGCACGUUCAAGUAUAACAGUUUCCACAUAAACACACAGUGAGACAGAGCCAAAAUGGAUGCUCCUGUGAAGAGUUUCCCAACUGAAAUGGAGUUGUAAUGGAUACUCUGUGCUCGAGCCUCCAUUGAUUUUGAGACACAAUGAGAUGGAGACAACAUGGACGCUUGCCUCCUUCACCCUCUCGCAGUUUCACCAUUCUUCUCAUCCUUGAUGGGCACUACUGGCUUUAGCACUCAGAAUCCCUGCCACACAACCACCAUGGAACAAAAGAGAGACACAUGUCCAACAAGAAGGACAUAUCUAGAGCAUCCCAAACCAUUUCACAUCAUAUCAGCUGAACAAAAGGAGAACAAAAAAAAGAUUUUUAACAAAAGAAAUGACAAAAAAAAUUAGAAUAUAAUUAUCAUCACUGUCUGUGAGGUGUACAGUUGGUUUUUACUGUCAUUUUGUUUUUGUUUUGAGUUUUCACCUUGAAGAGCUUAAAAGGGUCAGAAGAUAUGUAUAUGUGUAGAUAUAUGUUUAUAUGGGCUGUGUGUCCCACAACCGUAGAGAUGGACCUAACGUUUGUAAUGGUGGUGCGGUUUAUAUCACUCAAUCUUAAUAGGAAUUAUUACCUAGUAUGUGUAUGGCCCCUUCCAUUGCUCUCUGUAUACAGAAUGCCAAUGAAUGAGCCAAGAUUCUGAAUGACAUGAAUGUGUGGGAUUAGGGGAACAGAAAACCUGGACCUUUAGAGAUAGAGAGGGAUGUAGAUUUUGCUAGCUCAUGUAGGAUGGAAGUAUGAUUCAUUUAAAUAGUCUAUCUGACCAGGACAAGGGCUUCCCUAGUGACUGCUCUCAGACAUACUUCCAUAGCUAGACCCAAUGCACAUUUGCUAGUCUGCUUGCACUUGAGUGAGUGCAAAGAAAUAGCAGAAACUGCUUAAGGUGCCGUUAGCACAGAGACAUUAUUACUCUUCCAUAACUGUCUGUUCCAAACAACAUCAUCUAUUCAGCUGUUACAUUAUGAUGUUGUUAGGAAUAUUUCAGCCAAACAGUCUGCCUUCCCAUGUUUCAGGUGUGUUAAGAAAGUUAUAGUGUUUUGUGUAGAGCAAAGGUGAUGCCAGGGUCAUGAUAGAGUUGACACUGUUAAGAACGUGCAACUUGCUUUUCCAGUGUUGUACCAUGUAAAGUAACUUUGAAAUGUUCAUCUGGGAAACGGCACCAAUUUUACUACACGCUUUCCUUUAAUAAGUUCCCUUAAUUCUUUUGAGCAAGAUUAAAUAAACGCAGUUUUGAUUUUCAGUGGUGCCACCAUGAGAGGUAAAAUUUCACUUUAAAGGAAGAUAAUUUUUGUGUCUUGACUGCCUCACAUUCUUAUCAUUCAUGCAACCUUUUUCAAGCAUCCCUUCAAACCAUAAGGUAAAUUCACAAAACAAUGUUUACAGCAAAAACAAAUACAUUAGUUGGUUGGUUUUUCCUUGUGAGAAAGAAAUUGCUGCUUAUCACAUUAUUUACAAUAUUUAAAAUGAUGGGACUCUCUGCGUGCACUGCAUUACUGCACUGAACUUGCUUUAGUGUAUUCCAAAACCCAGUUUUAAUAUAUGUGGUAUUCUGUAGGACCAACAGUGGCAACAAGUACAGUAUAUAUGAUUGUAUCAUAGUGUAAUAUAUGUACAGUGUUGAUUUCCAAUGUCAGAAUGUUUGUAAUGAUAACAAUGAUGACUAUGAUCUACUUUAUUGUGAAAAAGAGAUUUCUGAAGUACUCGUUCAGGGGCGGGUCAUACAGGAGAAAAGUGAAGGGAGGAUUCAUUGGUCUGAACAAAGGAAUGUAGCAUGGUGAGAAGCUUCAGCUUUGAUUGACAGUGACAGUAACUGCAGUUUCUAUCAUAGUGUUAGAAUGAGUAGAAUGGACUUUCCUUAGAUAACACUGGCUUAAUUUGAGUAAAUAGUAACAGAAAUUACAUGCACUUUUUAAGCCUGUGUCUGCCUACAACGCAACUUGUAAAAAUGCUUGUAUUGGUGAGGAAGGAGGGAGGUGGAGAUACAAGAGAAGUCCUCAGAUGAAAUUUCUACCCACUGACAUCACCAAAUGAACAUUACUCUAAUCAUCCACCACCCCCCUCCCAGGAAAAUUUGUCCAACCAUAGCGUGGCAAUUAUAAUUAAGCACAACAGAUCUGUCAAGUUUUACGAUUCUCCACAUGCUGAAGCUCUUUGCAUGUAGUAAGAUGGUUACAUGGCAUUUAAAGAGUUUAGAUGGUAGUAGCUUUUUUUCAGCCUUUCUGAAACCCAAAAUGCAAUGGCAAAAGUGUAAGGAAGUGAUGAAACAGUGCAUUUGUCUGUUCUAUGUAAGCUGUAAUUAUUAGCAUGUUGGGCUAACUAGCUAACCACCUACAGUAGUAACCUAGUAACCAAGCAUUACUUACAGGGUCAAGAAGCACAUCAUUUAAUUAAUUUGCAUUUUUUUGUGGGGUUAUAGGUCAUAUAAAAUAAAACAAAACUAGUUCAUCCACUGUAUUGUAUGAAACCUCUAAGUUUAACCAUUGUAUGGCAUCAAAGUUUUGGCUCCAUCCUGAUCUUUAUUGGAUUUGGGGACAUUUACACUCCAGCGAUGCCAUCUGACAUAACUUGCUACCAGCCUUUUCUCUUGUAAUGUUAACAAUUAACUAAGUUGUUUGCAAAUGGAGAAAAGUAUGGAGGCUAGGCAGCCAAACUGGAUUUUGUUAGAACAGCGUAAAACUAAACUAACACUUACACUAGGACUAGUGUACACUCUGAGAUCAACAUUUCUUGAUUUUCAUUAUGGAUUAUCAUCCACUGAGGAUGCUGAUUUUUGCCAGGGUCAUUCAGCUUCUAGAUCUGUCUGUUAGCACCAUAGGUCUAUCAUGUAACUAUCAAAUACAUGUUUAGGACUGUUUUUAAACAACUACAGACAGUGUUUUCAAUCAGUUGUUGGAAUUAAAGCUGAUUGUACUAGCUCAACUAACUAGCCACAGCUAAUAAAAUUAUGCCAGUGAUGAUUUUAACUCAGAUAAUUUGAUGUCUGGUGGCUAGAAAUAAAGUCAAGGAUCCAGUGAUGAAUGACCACCUAAUCCAGAAAUUAAACACUGUUUGCCAUACCACUGGUAUUUUUCUCGAAUAUGCCAUACACAAAAAUACUCUCGGGAGAGUCUGAAACUGUUGAAACAUUCUACUCUUGCUAACUCUAUGAUUUCACUCUAGCGGACUACAUUUGACCGCUGGCCUUUUUGAUGCCUUAUUUACUGAGCUACUGUUCUUUUUUGUUGCCCUUCAGAGGUGAUUAUUAAGAGUAAAGUGUGUGUACAAGUAGUAUUUAUCUGUGUUGUUAAGAUGACCUCACAUCAACACCCUGGUUUUGUAACAUCCCAGUGAAGCCCCUUACAACAGCACCUUCACUAUGAUUCCACCAAGCCUAACAAAGUCAUUUUGUUCUGAAAAUAUUGUAAUGAAUCUGAAGUUGAUUACCUGUAAAAGCAGAUAGAGAGAUUGGCAGAAUUAUUCUUAUUUAUCUGAGUCAUAAGAUAGUUGUUCCAAAAAAGGGUGUGGUUAGCUUACAAUUUGCUAAACUAUGGUUGCAAAAUUAUUUUCAAGUGUAUUGAAAAUUCCAAUUCCUCGUGCAAUAUCAGGGUUUUUCAAAAGUUUCAAAAGUUGCCCAGAAAUACAUUGCACCAAAAGUUACAUACAUACAUUCCCACUUUAGACACUUUAAGAAUACUGAGGUCAUACCCACACUAUGGUUUCAACUUUCAAAAUCCCAGAUUUGUACCACUAUUCACCCUAUCAAGGUUCGCUAUGUGGGUUGGUUUGCUUGAUCUCAAAUACAGUGUUUGUCCUCCAUUCCCCACCAGGUCUGUGUUGUAAAUGUUCAUGAGUGGUCCUCAUUUGAGACUUUCAGCUCUUUGUAUCUUUCUCUCCUCCUUUCGCUUGUUCUCUCUCUCUCUCUCUUUCUUUGGCCACCGUACUAUGCUUAUUCGUCCCCAUGCCAGUUUCCUCUGCGUUGCUUGUUGUAAAAGGUGUAGACAUUCUAAUGUCUUUCAUGUUGCUGUAAUAAAUAUGCUAAUAUUUCUAAUUUC